AUGUCGAACAUCGAUCAUCAUUUAUCAAUAGAAGCUCCGAAUGAAUCAUCAAUGACGAAAAGUGGGAAAAAAUGGCAUCGUCGUCGUUCAAUUAUUCGUGAUUUCGCCAUAAACACAACAAUGCACGGCCUUCCGAAAGUUCUUAACAGUGAACAUAUAUACAGUCGAAUUUUCUGGGCGAUUUCGUUUGCUAUUUUCACCGUUUUUAUGCUCUAUUUUAUUGUUAGAACGAUUUUAACUUAUCUUCAAUAUCCAACACAAACAAAUGUGAGCGCUGAUAUUGAAUGGCCACAAGAUUUUCCAGCAGUCAGUAUUUGUAAUGUUGCAUCAUUUCGUUAUGAUCAAUUCAUAGGACCAUUUCUAAACUAUACAAAUGCGUUGAAUUUAACUUAUGAAAAUAUUACAGAUGUAUUAUCUCCAGUUCGAAUUCGAAAUUUUAUACAGUAUAAAGUUAAUAGACAUGAAUCAAUUACACAAUAUUCAUUUUCACUUCAUUCAAUGCUCUAUCAAUGUUUAUACAAUUAUAUGCCUUGUUCAAGUACAGAUUUUGUUCCAUUUAUCUCAUCAGUAUAUGGUUUGUGCUUUACAUUCAAUGCUAAAAUGAAAAAUAGUAGCGUUAGUGUACGAUACGGAAAUCAGUAUGGCGGCUUUGGUCAACUUGAUUUAGCUUUUUAUGUACAUAGUCAACAAUACGUACCAUAUUUUGUAGAUAGUAUUGGUAUGGUUGGUCUAGUACAUGACAAUUCACAAAUACCAUUUAUGAAUCCAAAUGGUAUAGGAUUGGCACCAGGAAGAAAACACAAAUUGAGUUUUAGAAAGAAGACAAAUUUCUUUUUAUCUUCACCUUAUACUUCAUGUACCAAUAAUAUACCACUUUCGAUGAAAGUAAUGCUUAACGAGUAUAAUGGUGCUGAUUAUGGUUAUUCACAACUUUUAUGCUAUGAGCUUUGCAUACAAGCUUACGCAUACGAACAAUGUGGAUGUAUUGAUCCUUAUUUAUGGAAUAUUCGCUAUAUUGUAGUGCCAGGCACAAAAAACAUCAUCUUAGCACCUCUUUGCAAUUCCACUAAUCCUUGCUAUCAUCAAGUAACUGAUACACUCAUGGCAUCAUCAUUCAUCGAAACAAAAUGUCCAGAUUGCACAUCACAAUGUUCUCUAAUAUCCUUUCCUCUUCAAAUAUCUUCAUUUACAGCACCACUCGAAUGGCAAGUUAAUGGAAUUAAAGCAUUUGUAGUAAAUUCUUCAGUGCCAUUACCAUUAGACUGGUCUACAGCAUGGCGUACAUAUAUUCAAAACAAUUAUGUUGCUGUUAGUAUCGUACGUGAAGCAGGUGUCGUCGAUAAUAAUAGACAGCAAGCACAAAUGACUUUAGGUGACAUUUUUUCGAAAGUUGGUGGUUUAACGGGUCUAUGGAUCGGUCUUAGUUUUCUCUCAAUGAUGGAGUUCAUUGAAAUGCUCUGUCGACUAAUUAAUUAUCAAUGUCACUUAAUUCUAUCAGCAAUACGCAAUAAGCAAUAA